CUGCUGUAUUUAAUAAAAUAUAAGUUUCAUCUGGAAACGAACACAAAUGUUUUGUCAGUUGUGCAAAACGACAAACAUUUUAAAUAUUAAAAGUGUUUUGAUAUUUUACAGUGAAAGCAACAGCACGGAAGAAAACAACAUUACAGAUUCAGACAUGUUACCAAAGACGCGUCUGGGGAAGCGCUCUCCUCUCGGGGCGUUGGUGAGCGCCACCUGCCCGACAGGUGAGACCGGCAUCACCGUGACAACAGCAGCAGGACAACAGGCCAUCAGCAGGGUCAAAGGUCAUCCUGGGCUGAAGGUGUAUUUUCAGUGUGGAGGUGGCGGGGAGUCGUCAGGUGCGGCGGAUCAGCUCGACUUCAUGCAGAGUGAAGUUUCCACCUGGCCGUCUUCUCGUCCCUCCGCGGUGCCUCCGUCCUGCAGCAGAUCUGUCUCCUCCUGCAUCGACGUCCCCAGAAGUCAGAGGCGUCCGGAGGAGGUGGACGUGGACGAGCUGAUGGCAGCGAUGGUCCUCAGCAGUUUGUCCUGCAGCCCGCGGCUGCACAGCCCCACACACACAGACCCCACAGCUCCUCCGAUGGACUGCGGCGGCGAGCUCUCCGACAGCGGCAGCAGCGGGUACUGGAGUGUCGGCCUCGCCAACAGCAGCCCGGCGCCGUCUCCGCCAAACGCAGAGCCCGACGCCAGUCCGGCCACGCCCUCCGACGAAGGCCUGGACAUGGAGUUGGAACAGGUGCUAUUCGACGAGCCGGCGCCACGGAAGCGAAAGAACUUUGUGAAGGUGGCGUACAGGUGUAUGUGGCCGAGCUGUGGGAAGGUGCUGACGUCAGUGGUGGGAAUAAAACGCCACAUCCGGACCACACACCUAUGCCGCGGCAGCGAGCACGAGCGUUGUUCCCGCAGCGAGGAGGAUUUUUACUACACGGAGGUGAACCAGUGGGACCCGCAGUCCCCCCCCCACACUCUCCCCUUCGGCCCCGCAUCCCCCCCCUCCUCACCUCCCAGCACCCCACAUCCCUCCCCUUCGUCUCCCCCUCCUCCCGCCUGCAGCGCCCUGAGUCGCUCCGCCCCCUCCUCCUCCGGCAGCUUCAUGCAGGUCCAAUCAGAACACUCCUACCAGGCUCCAGCUGUCGGUCACGUGAUGUCAGCAGCAGCUUCGAACACGCCCACCUGUCGCUGGAUGCCCCCCCCCACCAGCUGUCCCACACCGGGUUUGGCUUUUCGGGUGCGUUCUGUCAGUGUUGGAGAGCAGUGGCUGCAGCACCACAGCGCCCCCUGCAGGAGGAUCCGCGGCGAGGCCAAGAAGUGUCGUAAAGUUUACGGCAUCGAGCACCGAGACCAGUGGUGCACGGCCUGCCGCUGGAAGAAAGCGUGCCAACGCUUCCUCGACUGAGCGGAGUAAGAGUAAGAAGGAGAGGAAGGAGCAGAAAGGACUGAAGCAGAAAUAUUUUUCAUCUUUUCAUUUUUAUAAUCUUUCUAUAUUUCCCAGAAGCGUCUUUUUGUUUUGAACGUGUUUUCUGAAUGUUGAAGACGUCGUGUCCUGGUGCUUUCUGAUCCACACGUCGGGGCAGCUAUGAUGUAACCUUUGACCUGGAAGCAGCCGAGGGAGUUUCUGCGUCGGCGUCCAGAUGAACUCCGGAUUAUAUCAGAUUUACAGAUCAAAACAUCCGAGGAUUAAAAUACUGGAUUAGUUUAAAGGAGCACAGCGAGGUUAUUAAAGUGUUUGUGACCGGAGCCCUGGAGGAUUCAAUACUGUAACGCUUCAAAUGUCCGGUUACAAGUCGUCCUGCGAGUUUCCAGUCUCUAACAUGUCGAUCCCAGUUUCUCAGAGUCCAAGCUGUGGAUGUCUUCACGUUCAUGUUCUGUCCACACAAAGAUCAUCACUGAUGUAAAUAUGAUGCAAAGUUUCCAUAUUUGAGGCUGAAAACAGACUUUCAAACGAUUUAACGAUUAGCAAAAUCUAGAGAUUCUUUUCCUCUCGGGGGACUGAUCGCUGCAGCUCUACUUACAGCAGCUUUAUAAUGUGUUGUAAAGCGUUUAUUACAUGUUCAUAUGCUGCUUCACGGCUCUAAAGGAAUCACUGCUGUCCACUGUUGUGGUGUGUUCAAGUGCAACGUUAAGACGUGACGGCUCUGCUGAUUCUUUAAUGUCUUAACGCUGCAAUGAUCCCCCGAGUUUCAUUAUCAAGCCUUUGAUCAUCACUGUAAACAUCAUCAGCCCUUACUUCACGAGCUUCGUUGAGAUGUUUUAUGUUUGGAAACAGAAGCCAUUUCCACUCGUCUCUGGAAAACAUUCAGUCAUAAGUAUUAAAAGAUCUGUUUAACACAUUGAAUACAUAAUUUUUACACUGAAUUAUAUAUUUUUUAUCAUUUCUACCUGAUGUACACCAGGUCCAUAUAUCCAACGAUGACUCCUGAAGCCUUUUUAAACGUUCAGAUGUUAAACUGAGACAAAGAUUCUUCUCUAUUUAUAUUCUCUAUAUGUCCUGUUGUUUAUGAGCAAUAACAAUGUUAUUGUCAUAUCAUUUUUAAGAUGCACUCUUUUAUACAUGAUGUGAAAUCCUGAUGUUAUAAUAAAGUGAUCAAACUGA